GUGUCUGUGGCAGGCGAGAUGCCUCUGCUCCUUGUGCCCCAGUGUUACAGGAGUAACGGGAUUUCUGUUUGCGUGUGAGACGCACACGUGACCAGUGCAGAUUUUUCAGCUCAAAAAUGUCUCUUUUACAUUUCCAGAUUUGGUUUGUAAGAUUUUAAAACAAUUCAGCUUUAAACGCAUUGUGGUUUUUCAUAAUGCUUGUUUGUAAAACUCAUCCACCCCUCCCUUGGUAACUUAGGGUGUUGCCUUAAGAAUUCAGUCAUAGAGAUUGUCACGAAUUUAUAACAGAUAUAAAAAAAAUAAGGUUUCACUCUUUCCCAGCCGCUUCGUUGCCUCCCAGAUGCUCCCUUCACUGCCACGUGAACCGGUCUUCUGACCUGGAGGAAACGUUCGCAGUGUUGUCUUCUGCAGCUGCAGAUGUACGAGCAAGCUGGCUUCCGCUCUGGGAUGUAAAUAUUUUUCAUGCCACCCAAAGCAAAGUGAAGUUGAAGAUCAGCUUUCUACAGGGACAUACCUACCGUGGGGCCUUAAAUGCUGUGUGGAGAAGGUGCUGGCCUGUUGUCGCUGGCGCAGGGCAGAUAGUUUCAGCGCAUCUUUAAAGUAGGGAACUAUCUUGCAGCCACUUGUGUUAUAACAACCUGAGCCUUCUUACACGGAAACCAGCGCUGUUCUACUGGCGGGACAAACCCUCUACAUGCAGAGGUCCCUCUGCUCCAACGUGGACGUUUUGAUGUGUGUCCCGUUGGUGGAAUGAGUUUCCUCCCGGUCAGUAUCGGAACUGAAACAAGUCGGAAGCCUCUGCCCGCUCCUAACUCUGCAUUUCUGUGCCAGGGAGAAGGGCCCGGACAAGAGAUUUUUGUCGUGUGACUUCACAAAAAAAAGUGAGAUGUCAGGCGCCUCGCCGUUUAAGAUGCGGUUUGUUCACCUGGACCUUAAAGGAGCCCCGCCUAAGGUGUCGUACCUCUCGGAGAUUUUCCCUCUGUUCCACGCCCUGGGCGCCAAUGGCCUCCUCAUCGAGUAUGAAGACACGUUUCCCUACGAGGGCCCCCUGAAGCUGCUGAGGGCCCCGCACGCAUACAGCCCCUCGGAAGUCAAGGAGAUCCUGCAUCUGGCUGCCCAGAACGAGCUGGAGGUCAUCCCCUUGGUGCAGACGUUCGGACACAUGGAGUUUGUGCUGAAGCACGAGGCCUUCGCGCACCUGCGGGAAGUGGCGCUGUUCCCCAACACCCUGAACCCGCAUGAGGCCGAGGCCCUGGCGCUGGUCGCGGCCAUGGUCGACCAGGUCAUGGAGCUGCACGCGGGGGCCCGGUGGCUCCACAUCGGCUGUGACGAGGUCUAUUACCUUGGAGAGGGCGAGGCCUCCAGACGGUGGCUGCAGCAGGAGGAGAACAGCAAAGCCAAGCUGUGUCUGUCGCACAUGAGGGCGGUGGCCAGCCACGUGCGGGCCCGGCACCCCGCCGCGACGCCCCUGGUGUGGGACGACAUGCUGCGCGACAUCCCCGAGGCCCAGCUGUCAGCGUCAGGGCUGCCGCAGCUGGUGGAGCCGGUGCUCUGGGACUACGGGGCCGACCUGGACGUCGGUGGCAAGGCCCUCCUCAUGGAAAAGUACCGGGAGUGCGGCUUCACCCGGCUGUGGGCCGCCAGCGCCUUCAAGGGGGCCACGGGGCCGAACCAGGCCCUGCCCCCCAUCGAGCACCACGUCCGGAACAACGUGCAGUGGCUGCAGGUGGCGGCCUGUGGGCCAGCGGACAUGCUGCGGGGCGUCGUCCUGACCGGCUGGCAGAGGUACGACCACUUCUCUGUGCUGUGUGAGCUGCUGCCCGUGGGGGUCCCGUCCCUGGCCGCCUGCCUGCAGUGUCUGCUACACGGGGGCUUCGCUGAAGACGUUAGAACAAGAGUGGAGACUCUUCUCGGGAUCCCGAACCUGGAAAUGACCGGUUUUACAAGCGAGGGGGCCGGCGCCUUCCCCGGCAGCGACAUCCUGGCCCUGGUCACGCAAGUCGGCCUCCACCUGUGCAGCUCCGUGGACGAGGUGCUGCAGAGGGACCGGUACGUGACAGGCUGGUUCAGCCCCUACCAUCGCAGGCGGAAGCUCAUCCACCCGGUCAUGAUCCAGCACAUCCGGCCCCGGGUGCUCAGCCUCCUGGCCAGGUGGAGCGCCCAAGCGCAGGAGCUGGAGACCGCCCUGCACCGCGUCUUCCACGAGGAUGCCGUGGCCGAGUGGCUGGAGGAGAACGUGCAGCCCAGCCUGGGGCGGCUGCAGGCGCUGCUGCAGGACCUCGGCCAGGCCGCUGAGCCCCAGCCCGCACCGACUCCACCCCCGAGCACGGAGCUCUGGCUCUGACACCGGCCAGGACCCCGGAGGGUCCAGCGGCACCUGGCCCCACACCAGGCAGGCAGGCAGCACCCACCCUGUGCACGGUUAUCACUGGGGCGAGAAAAGCAGAAAACAUGGAAGGAGACACUCAUGGGGACCUACGCACUCAUCUGCACGUAGAACUCUAACUCCUGUGAAAUAAAAAGGAAAGGAGGAGCUAGAAACUGCCCACAGGAGCGCAGCAGCCUCGCUUGCCCAGGGCUCGGCCGGGCUCCCUGCCGGCCCCAGCAGUGGGCAGGAGUGGGGGACAAGCACUCGGGGAGCACCUCACAGCCUUGGGAGGCACGUACUAGACGCAAGCCAAUUACAGUGU